UGUGCUUGACCACCACGCUCUUUGGUUCUGGACCACCACGCUCAGCUUGGGAAACGUCAGUUACGUUUCCGGGACAUGGCCCAUGACAUUUUAGGACCUGGAUGGGGCAAGUAUUUUGUGGGACCACUUCAAUUGGGAAUAUGCUAUGGUGCAGUUAUUGCUUGUAUACUUCUUGGAGGCCAGAGCCUCAAGUUUAUUUACUUGCUCUCCAAGCCAAAUGGGAAUUUACAACUCUACCACUUCGUGGUAAUUUUGGGAGCCCUGAUGCUUGUAUUGGCACAAAUGCCAUCUUUCCACUCCUUAAGGCACAUCAACCUCAUCUCCUUAGUACUAUGUCUUGCUUACUGUGCUUGUACCAUAGCUGGUGCUAUAUACAUUGGAUACUCCAAAAAAGCACCCACGAAGGAGUAUUCUGUAACUGGAGUUGGCAUUAAUCGCAUUUUUGGCAUUUUUAAUCCUAUUUCAAUCAUUGCGACCACAUAUGGCAACGGAAUUAUUCCCGAAAUACAAGCAACGAUAGCAGCCCAAGUGACCGGGAAAAUGUUCAAAGGACUUUUGGUAUGUUACGCUGUUGUGAUUUCAACAUUUUUCAGCGUUGCCAUAUCUGGGUAUUGGGCAUUUGGGAAUCAGUCUCAGGGAUCAAUUCUUCAAAAUUUUAUGGUUGAUGGGAAGCCUUUGGUGCCCAGGGGGUUUCUUUUGAUGACCAAUGCUUUCACUCUCUUGCAAGUGACAGCUGUUGUUCUGACGUACUUGCAACCAACAAACGUAGUGAUCGAGUGCAAGUUUGCAGAUCCAAAGAAGGAUCAAUUCUCCAUUCGCAAUGUCGUGCCACGGUUGAUUUUUAGAUCAUUGUCCGUUGUCAUUGCCACACUUUUGGCCGCCAUGUUACCUUUCUUCGGUGACAUCAUGGCGUUAUUUGGGCCAUUCGGAUGCAUUCCUUUGGAUUUCAUUUUGCCUAUGAUUUUCUACAAUGUGACAUUCAAACCCUCCAAGAAAAGCAUAAUAUUUUGGGGAAACACAUUCAUUGCAACGAUCUCCACAGUGUUGUCAUUGGUCGGAGCAGUGGCAUCGGUUCGACAAAUUGUUCUUGAUGCAAAAACCUGCCGUUUGUUUGCUAACAUGUCAAUAUAUGUAAUGUUGAGAGCAACAUAAGAAAUGAA